AUGGGCCGUAAAAGCAAAAAACACAUGCCUCGCGUCCCAGAAUGUGAGAUUGAAUACGAACCCGAAAGCCGACAGUCCAGCGUAGAGAGCUGGAAAGCCCGCUACGACGACAUGCUAGACAUUGCACUGAUGGAAACGCAAGAAGAAAAAGACGCAGCGAUGGCGAAGAUAGAAGUUGGCAAGAACUCAUAUGUUGAUUCUCCUCGGAAUAAAAGUUUUGGGUUCGGGUUCAACGAGACUAUGGAGUCCGCAGCGUCUGGAAACGUGGAGUAUACGAUUUCAAAGACUAUGGAUGCGGCUUCUGGGAAUGGGAGUAUUGGAGAGAAGGAAGAACUGGAGGUGCGAGUGGUUGUAGUGCGACCGCGGCGGAGUAGGAAGGGUAGGAAGGAUGGUACUUUGAAGCAGAGACGGUUGGCUGUUCAUCGGGCAGAGGAGGCGAUAGGUUCUGUUUGGGGGUCGUUGGGAGAUAUUGUAAGGAGAGUACUUGGUGUGGUCUGGGGUCUUUUAUUUAAUGCGAGGUUUCAUUUGGCGUUGGAGCUUUUUACUGCUGCUGCUGUUGCUGUUGCUGUUGCUGUUUCGCUUUCGCUUGGUGGGGAUGAAUUGCCCUUUAGGCUUAUGGUGCUUGGGAUCGGGCUAGCUGUACAUGGCGUUUUGAGUCUGAAGUAG